AUGGAGCGGCUGCUCCUGCGUCUGGCUUUCCUGCUCUCAGUGGCCUGCAGCCCGGCCGUGCAAGGCCAGGAGCCCGUCUUCCUUCAGCUUCUGGGCCUAGAUCGCGUCCCUGCACCCACCCAGUUGCAACCUGUGCCUUGGGUCUUGAAGAAAAUUUGGCAGGAGCAAACGGCGGCCGCGGCUACGGGGGCGUCCCAGGACACGUGCUACAUCAAGAAGCUGGGGGUCCGCGGGAACGUGCUCCGAGUCCUCCCGGAUCAAGGUUUUUUUCAUUACUCCAAGAACCUUUCCCAAGCCAACUCCUGCCUGCAGAAACUUCUCUACUUUAACUUGUCCUCUGUUAAAGAGAGGGGCCAACUCACCAUGGCCCAGCUGGGCCUAAAUUUGGGCCCCAACACUUACUACAAUCUGGGCCCGGAGCUUGAAUUGGGCCUGUCCCUGGUCCAGGAGACUCCUAAGAGGGCCCCGUUCUCUGCUAAAACCUUAGUUUGGAAGUCAGUGCCCAGGCCCCAAGGUGAGCUUUACUUCAACCUGCUAGGGGUAGCCAAACACUGGACUCGCACCCCGCUCAGGAAUGCUGGCUUGUUCCUCCACAUACUGAUCAAAGAAGAUGAGAACUUGGGGAUGAAGCUUCAAAUGGAGGACACUUGUGGGAGGUUAAAGCGCUCCCUGCAGGCUUAUCUGCUCAUGGUAAGCCUCAACCCAGAGCAGUGCCCCCCAAUUUCCAGAAAAAGGCGGGCGGCUGUUCCUGUCCCCCAGGCUCCUUGCAAGAAUCUCUGCCACCGCCAUCAGCUGUUCAUCAACUUCCGGGAUCUGGGUUGGCACAAGUGGAUCAUUGCCCCCAAGGGGUUCAUGGCCAACUACUGCCACGGGGACUGUCCUUUUUCCCUGACCACUUCGCUCAACAGUUCUAAUUAUGCUUUCAUGCAAGCACUGAUGCACGUGAUGGACCCCGAGAUCCCGCAGGCCCUCUGCAUCCCCACCAAGCUCUCCCCAAUCUCCAUGCUCUACCAGGACAAUGAUGAUAAUGUCAUCCUCCGUCAUUAUGAAAACAUGGUCGUGGAUGAGUGUGGCUGUGGGUAG